AUGCCGCCCCGCUCCGCUCCCCAAUCCACCCCCCGCAGCGCUGUGCGCACCUACACACCCCUGCCGUUCCUUCCGUACCUCUCACCCAACCCCCACUUUCAAACCAUCCUCCCCCACUUUUACCCCCCCGCCCCUCCCUUUGACUAUACUCGCCGCUCCUUCCCCUCCGAUGAUUCCCACGCUCUCCUCCACGUCGACUACGCAUUCACUCCCAACCCACCUACUUUCGAUUUCCCCAUCGUUCCUCCCCUCGAUCAAAAUCUCCUCACCGAGCUCGAGAGCCAACCCCAUACCCCAAAGCAACCCCCCUUAGCCGUCGUCCUCCACGGUCUCGAAAGUAAUUCCCACGCUACCGUCACCCGACGCAUCGUCGCCGCCCUCGGCCACAGCGCUUUUCAAGUCGCCGCCCUCAACUUCCGCACGUGCGCCUCUGGCACGGACGACAUUCCUUCCACCUUGCGUCUCUACCACGCGGGCUUUACGGAGGACCUCCAGACUUUGUUACGCGUUGUGCGCGUAGAUGCCUUGCGAAAACGCACCUUACCGCCGGAUGUUUAUUUAUGCGGCUUUUCGCUCGGCGCAAACGUCGUGUGCCAGUAUCUUGCGCGCCGCGGCCCGCGCGCCCUGCAGCUGGAUGGCGUCGUGGCUGCCGCCGCCGCCUGUGUGCCGUUCGAUCCCGAAUCAUGCCAGAGGAAGCUGGACAAUGGCUGGAGGGGGUAUGUAUACAGCAAGCGAAUGGUCACCACCAUGCAUAGCAAGUUUAGAAAAGCGGUCGACAGCGGGGUGGACAUUGGCUUGUGCGAGGUGGACAGCGUGCUCAAGGCGGAUAGAGUUGGCAAGAUUGAUGACGCUUUCAUUUCUCCGGUCUUCGGCUUCAGGAAUCGCUUGCACUAUUACGAAGAGGUUAAUUCAGCGACCGUUUUGAAUCGAAUAACAGUGCCUACUUAUGUGAUUAAUGCGAGGGACGACCCUUUCUUCGACCACGAGUCAAGGCGAAAGUUCCCUACGGCAAACCAGAUUGGCGAUGCUCCUGUGUUGUUGCAUGUCACUGAGCACGGCGGCCACUGUGGGUUUCUUGAUAAGGAGGCGUUUCAGAGCAAAGGACCCUGUUAUUUUCAGCGUGAGUUCGCACGCUUUUUUGUGCACGUACGCGACGGUACCCCGGAGCAGGAUUCCGCCCGCGGCGAAUCAAAGCUUUCAACACAAUCCUUGCCACUCGAAACUGGUCUAGAUACUAGCUAA